AUGGCCCCUAUACAUCGGAUAUUCUCAUCGGCUAACAACAAGCCCUAUCGAACCAAGCAACUUGAAGAAGAAAUGCCCCCGUACUUAAACGAGGAUGGCUACGUCGACUUUGCGCCGGGCGACAUCCAGAACCCACAGAAUUGGUCUACUGCUCGGCGCUGGUCUGUCACGUUCUCAGCUGUGUUGCUCGUACUGAAUGCUACUUUUGCAUCGAGUUCGCCAAGUGGAUGCUUCCCGUCUAUCUCAGAACACUUCCAUGUAUCCGAGUUGGUAGCAGGCUUGACCAUCACCCUGUUUCUACUGGGUUACUGUGCCGGACCGCUCCUCUUCGCACCACUAAGCGAGCUCUACGGAAGAAGAUGGAUCUUCUACAUUACCUUUACGCUGUAUCUCAUCUUUAACUUUCUGUGUGCCUGGGCACCUAACUUUGGCGCCCUCCUCGUCGGCCGUUUCCUCACUGGAACGUUUGUCUCUGCACCCCUCAGCAAUGCACCCGGGGUACUCGCAGACCUGUGGACCCCGAUCGAGCGUGGCAAUGCCAUGGCAGGAUUUUCUGCCAUGGUAUGGGUCGGGCCAGCAUUGGGGCCUGUUAUUGCCGGGUUCCUCGAGCUGAAGAAGGACUGGCGUUGGAGUUUCUAUGUCCUUCUCUGGCUUGGUGGUGUAACAGCUCUUAUCAUGUUGACUAUUCCCGAGACACAUGCUCCCACAAUUCUCCUUAAGAAGGCUCGAAGAAUACGAAAGGCAAAAAUACCCGGUUAUGAGAAUGUUAAAGCUCGUUCUGAAGAGGGUGAUCGUACGCUGAAGACUGUGUACCGUAUCGCCUUGACCAGACCGUGGAUUAUCCUCUUUGAUACCAUAUCCUUUCUCUGCGCAGUCUAUAUGUCUGUAGUCUACACGUUAUUAUAUAUGCUCUUUAGCAUCUAUCCAAUCGUGUUUCAGCAGCGACGUGGCUGGAACCCUGGUGUUGGAGAGCUGCCCUUGAUCGGGACUGUUAUUGGCGAGUACUUUGCAUGCAUACAAUUCCAUCGAACUUAUACUAACGUGCUCGAAGGUGCAUUCAUAGGUGGUGGCAUAGUUUUGAUGGAUACGCGAAUUCGAAAGAAAAAGAUUGAGAAUGGAGACAAGCAGAUGGAGCCCGAAGAUAGACUGCCAUUGGCAAUGAUUGGAGGUGUCGGAUUUGCCGUGACCAUGUUCUGGUUUGCAUGGACAGCUGAGUACAACUCUAUUCAUUGGAUCGUACCGACACUUGCGGGGACAUUCCUAGCUACAUCUUUGAUGUUGAUCUUCGUGGCUUUCUUGACCUAUCUCGUCGACGUCUAUCUUAUGUACGCGGCAUCUGCUAUUGCAGCCAAUACCAUUGCUCGAUCAGCAUGCGGCGCUGCUGCUCCCUUAUUCACAACACAAAUGUUCGAUACACUGGGAGUUGGUGGUGGUGGAAGUCUAAUCGGAGGAGUUGCUGCAGUUCUAGCCAUUAUUCCGUUUCUGUUCUACAGAUACGGUAAGCAGAUUAGGAUCCGAAGUAAGUUUGCGCCGACAGAGGAGAAGAGCGAAGCCAGGGAGAAGGAUGAGGAACAGGGUGACAACAAUGCCACUGCUCGGAGGAAUAGUGUUUUAUCUCAUUCAGAUAGGGCGAGUAGCUCGGAUACCACAGUGGCCGCCGCAUGA